AUGACAGCGAAUAAAGGGGGUCUUUUAAAACGUCGGCUAAUUAGAGCUAAUCGAUCUAACAAACCAGUUCCAGCUUGGAAAAGAGUUCUUCCAGGAAACACUCAGCACUACAAUGCUAAGCGAAGACAUUAUAGAAGGACUAAGCUGAAGUACCACGAAUAA